CAAACUUUGAUUUUUCUCACUCUCUAUAAAUUCAAUUCAAUCUCAUCUAAUGCUUCAAUCCCAUCUCAUAAUUAUUAUACAUGGAGACAGCACACACAAAAUCUGCUCUCAAGCUUGUUAAGGCUAACUCACAAGCUGUUUCAUGGAGCAAAAAUUCUAGAGGAAUGGCAAAAGAUGAAGCCAAGGAGAGACUUUAUGACAAAUCCAAGGCAACCCCAAAGAAUCAAGCCAAGGAAAAUACUAAGCCCCAAGAAUUCAAACUUCGCACAGAACAAAGAGCCUACAAACGGGCAAUGUUCAAUUACUCUGUUGCAACUAAGCUAUACCUCAUUGAGCUACAAAAGAAGCAAAUAGAGAAGGCUCAAAAGAUCAUAGAAGAAGAGGAGAUUCGCAUGCUAAGAAAAGAAAUGAUUCCAAGAGCCCAGUUGAUGCCUUUCUUUGAUAGACCUUUCUUUCCACAAAGAUCAAACAGACCUUUGACAAUACCAAGAGAGCCAAGUUUCAGAAUGUUGAACAGCAAGUGUUGGAGCUGCAACUCAGGAAAUGAACUCUACCAUUUUGAACAUGCCCCAGCUUGGAACUACUAGAUCAACCACUACCCUUCCUAGACGUAGGCAAAACUUGUAAAAUGUAAUCUUGGCGGUGGCGUUGGUGGUUCUAGUCAUAGAUAACUUUCACUUUCUUGUUUGAUUAUGAGUCAUGAGUGUGUUGAUAGUAGUGCAGUUACAGUGUUUAGGAGGUGUGAGUGAUGUGAUUACAUAGCCAUAGCUCCUCCUUUCAAUGGGUUUGAUAAUCAGUGUCCCUUUCAUGUGAAUGCUUUUUGUUUCUUCAAUGAGUAAGCACUACUGCCUUUUCUUAACACUUGAA